ACACCAAUCAGUAUAGUCGAGGCAUUGCUGCAGAACGGUUCGCAAAAAAUAAUGCUGAAAUUGCUUUGGCUUGUCGUGAUUCUAGCGGUGCUCCGUGGCUGCACGGCUCAGACCCCGGAAGCUUACCUGCUGCAGAGCUACAGUCUCCCCCCAGAUCUAAACUUCAUGCCCACCCUGGGCAAUGGUCAUGUGGGCUACACGGUGUUCGGGGAUGCCAUCUUCAUGAACGGAGUGUACAAUGGGCCCUCAGGCAACAGCAAGCGAGCUCGCAUUCCCAAUUGGCUGAACAUCUCAACGGAAGUUUGCGAUCGUUUCGGCUGUGCCACAGACGCGGAUGUGGCCGUGAAUGGUACCAGCUAUGAGAUGGAUCUGCGGGAUGGCUACUUCCGUUCUAGAACAACUUACAAGGGCCUAGGACUAACCGUGGAGCAGAGAACGUAUCCGCAUAAGUACUUCAAUAGGGCCUUGGUUUAUGAGGUGGUGGCCACCAGGAAUAGCGGAUAUACAGCCAGGGCGAACUCCCCACAGUUCCUGAGACUAAGCCAACACCCUGGCAAUGCCAGCGAUGCCUUUGAGUUUGUGGUUGUGUCCAAUGGCAGCAGUGCCAGCGGAGAUUAUCGCACCAUUCGGGGUCGCACGGAGGUGCUAGAAUUCGAGCGUUUCCAGCCAGAACACCAAGAGAUCUACGUCCUGUUCAGCGAAUCCCUGGAGCAGCCCCUGCAAUUGGAGUGGCCCACCUGGCAGGCGGAACUGAGUCAUCGCAUCAUCAUCUGCAUAGAUCGGCAACAGAGUGUGGCCCUCAAGGAGCUGCAGGAUGUGCUGCAAUUGAAUGCCAACAGCCUGCUGCAAAGACACACGGAUGCCUGGCGCAACUUCUGGGACCGAGACUUCUCCAUCGAGCUGGUGGGCAAUGCUCCGGAACUGUCGCAGAUCAUCAAUGCUGGCAUCUUCUACCUGGCCAAUUCGCUGCCCUCGCUAAGCACCAACCAGGCGAAUGAGCCAUUUUACGGCCUCAGCCCCACUGGCCUGGGACGUGGCAAUCUCGAGGCGGACUAUCAGGGUCACAAUUUCUGGGACACGGAGAUCUGGAUGCUGCCGGUGGUCACACAUUUUGGCUUCGAGUAUGGCAAGCAGGUGCUGGACUAUCGCAGCAGGAAACUCGAGGCAGCCAAGUACAAUGCGCGUUCAAAGGGCUUCAAGGGAGCCAGAUUCCCCUGGGAGAGUGCAUUCACGGGCACUGAGGUGACGAAUCCCUGCUGCCCCGAGGUGGCCCAACAGGAGAUACACAUCUCUCCGGACAUCUCCCAUGCCCUACAAAAGUUUCUAGCCCAAUCGGGAGACUUCGCUUGGGUCUGCGAGAAGGCCUGGCCAAUUGCCGCAGAGGUGGCUGAAUUUGUGGUGAGUCGUGCGGCCUGCGAGGAGUUCCGUCCAGUGUGCCACUUGCUUAAUGUAAUGGGACCCGACGAGGAUCAUCCGGAUGUCGAUGACAAUGUCUAUACGAAUGCUGUGUCCAAAAUUGCUUUGGAAUUUGCCGAAUGGGCGGGCGUUUAUUGCGGCAAUGACAGCACUGAACUCUUCGAGAAGUGGCGCCUUGUCAACGAUCGCCUGUUGAUUCUACACGAUACGCAGCUGGAUUAUCAUCCCCAGCAUGUGGGCUAUGUGGUGAACACCACCGUCAAGCAGGCGGACACCAUUCUGCUGGGAUAUCCCCUGGGAUAUGAUAAAAGCACCACGCACCUAAACGAUCUGAGAAUUUAUUCGAAUGUAACCAGAGAGUCGGGACCGGCCAUGACUUGGUCCAUGUUCGCCGCCAACUAUCUGACCAGCAAGGAGGAGUGGACUGGCCACGAGUAUUUCGAGCGCGGCUACAAGAACUACGUCCGUCCCGAGUUCAAGGUGUGGAGCGAAACGCCGUUGGGCUAUGAGGGUUCCGCGAACUUCAUCACCGGCAUCGGUGGCUUCCUGCAGGCCAUCAUCUACGGCUAUGGUGGCAUCAGCUUUAGCCGAAAUGACAACAAAACCAUGAUGAAUGUUCGCGUGGGCACAGCGCCGCUGGAUGUGUCCGAGGUGCAUGUGAAUUAUUUGCGCUAUGCGCAUAGCACAUGUCGCUGGAUCUUUGGGCAUGCAUUCUCCAAAAUGGACUGUGGCGCCCGAACAGGUCCAGACUUUGUGAUGGUGCAGGGCAAAAAGCGAACUUUGCUGGGCAGAUCGUUCAAUGUGACACUCCUGAAAGGUGAUGAGCCCAUUCAGAUUAGCUAUUUGGAAUAAAUUGAAUACAUUUUAUUAUUAUUUUGAA